AUGAUUUUAAUAGCAUAUUCUCGACAUGAUCAAGUGAAGGAUGGUUUCAUUGAAAACGAUGGUAUAAAUACAUUAAUCAAAAUAGCAGAUCCAUUGUUAACAUCAAAAGAAACAGAAGAAAGAAUUUAUAGUAUGGUGGACAAGGAUAUCGAAAUUCGAAUCGAAUCAGCACGUGAAGCAGGAGCUGAUGAAGACAUGUUAGAUAAAAUACAUCGAGAACAGCUGAUGAUGCAUAAAGUUUUUAUCAAUUUACUUAAUGAUAUAGGAUUAUUGGCAUUGCAAUGUCUUCAUAUGAUAUCAUUUAAUGACAAAGCAAAAGAAAUCUUAACGACAAAUGAAGUAUUCCUAUCAAAAGUUCUAGAUAUUGCUCACGAUCGUGCCAUGAAACGAAAAAACAGACCCUUAAAAAAUACCAUUGAUGAUUUACUACGAGUAUUAGGACAAGAUAAAGGAAAUGAUAUAGAAAUUGUUCAAGAAAGAGACGAAAAUUAUGAUGGUAUGGAGUAUCCUCUUUCUCCUGUGCCAGAAGAAACUUAUUCACGAUUGCAAUCAGUAUCCGAGUUUCCUAUGCCUUCUUCUCCUCUACCAGAGGAAACAUCUUCACCUAUUCAAUUAGCAUCGGAGGUUCCUGUUCCUUCUUCUCCAUCACGAGAAAAUUCUUCACCUAUUCAAUCAACAUCGGAGGAUCCUAUUCAUCCUUCUUCUCCACCACGUGAAACUUCUUCACCUAUUCCAUCAACAUCCGAGGUUCCUACUCCCUCUCCUCCACCACGAGAAACUUCGUCACCUACUCCAUCAACAACCGAGGUUCCUGUUCCUUCUCCUCCUCCACCAGAAGAAACUGCCACAACUAUUCAACCAGUAUCGGAGAUUCCUUUUUCUUCUUCUCCUCCUCCACCACGAGAAACUUCUUCGCCUGUUCCAUCAACAACCGAAGUUCCUGAUGCUGGUUCUCCUCCACCAGAAGAAGCUACUUCACCUGUUUCAUCAACACCAGAAGUUCCUAUCAUUUCCACUCGUACAUUCGAUGAUUAUAAACAACUUCCAAUUGAAUUAUGGUCUGAGCAACAUGUCGAACAAUUUCUUAUCGAUAAUAAAUUAGAUGAAAUGGUUGCAUUAACUGAAUCUAUGAAUGGUGAAGAACUUUCUCUAUUAUAUGAUAAAUGUCAUGCGCAUCAAGAUUAUUGGAUGAUGUUCGAUCGUUUAAAUAACGAAUUAGAAAAACGAUCGGAACAACCACUUCGAAUAUCUGUAUAUCUCCGAUUUUUAAAUCGAAUACAAAAAUAUAUUCAAGUAUCAGCCUUUUAA